AUGGCGGCGGGUGCUCUGCGCCACUUCGAUUUCAUGGUCAGGGACGGGGUGGCGAGAGAGUUCUUGCACCCUGCAGUCGAGACAGAGUGGAAGAAGCUGUGGGUCCAGCUCGACCUGGACCAAACGACAAGGCAGCUCAACAGUCAGGACUUCCCGUCCGAGACACGCAGCUCCGAGUCCGUCAAAAAAACCGCGCAGAACUUUCUCCUCUUCUCCACGGAAGUGCGGAAGGACUGGGCUUAUUGGUCCGAGUUCUUCGGGCGCGCGUCCGGCCUGCAUACCGAUUUGUCCGACUUCCUUGCGGCAAGCACCGCGACAGCGCCAGGCACCCUGUCCGAGAAACUCCGGGGCCAGAAGGCGCUCGCGGAGAACCCGCUGAAGCUCAUGGAACACCUCGUCGCCGAAGUGAGCAAGGGCCUGGACGUGCGGGCGAAGGCGCAGAGGCCCACGCCGUCGCUGCCUGGCAGGGCCGCCGCAGCCCCCGUCCUGGACCUGAACUUCUCAGACACGGACGGGGAAACGCCGGAGAAGGAGGAGGUCGAGGAGCCCGACGCGGAACCGCUGGAGGCGGCGCGGGCGAAGCUCAAGGCGUUUAAAGCCAAGAGCCGGAGAUCGCGCGCAGACAUUCCCGCCAAGAAGGCGACGCUCAAGAACCAUUGCGAAGAGUUCCAAUAG